GAUGGAUUUUUUUUUUUUUUCAGCCUCAGGAUGUUCUGCUUCACCUCAAUUGAGAGCUCCUUUGACCGCAUGUUGUCUGGUCACAGCAACAGCUUCCAAAUGCAAAACCACACACCUGGAAACAACCCCAGACCUUUUAACUACUUACUUGAUUACAGGUUAACGAGGGAAAGGCCUUUUGAGUUACUUGCAGCCUUUAGAGUCCAUUGUCCAAUUACUUUUGGUCCCUUGAAAAAGAGGAGGCUCUGCAUUACAGAGCUAUGAUUCCUAAACCCUUUCUCCAAUUUGGAUGUGGAAACUCUCAUAUUGCAGCUGGGAGUGUGCACUUUCAGCCCAUAUUAUAUAUAAAUUGUAUUUCUGAACAUAUUUUUGUCAACAGCUAAAAUAGCAAAACCUGUGUCACUGUCCAAAUAUUUCUGGCCCUAACUGUACCUGUCUGAACAGGCAUUUACAGGUGGAUGAAAGAAUGAACUCACACACUGUUAUUCUCAAACAGCACAUAUACACAGAAUUAACACCAUUUUUCUCCAAAAUGUUCCAUAAAAAUGUGAAUAAUUCACCAAGGUGGUUCUGGAAACUUAAGGAAAGGCUACCGGAAUAGAGGCUGCACCUGGCGCGUCGUGAGCCCCGCAUAUAAAGUGUGGCAUAUGAAAGAUGUCAGGCUUUUUAUCCGUCCAACUGAUCAGCGUCACCGUGCAUGUUUUAAUCUGGCAGCUUUAAGUCCGUAUAAAACUACUGUUUGACCAAAUCUGUAAACGAAGAUCAGGACGAAGAUCAGGCUGCAUUCUGAUGGAGUGACAGAACCUCCCUCUGCCCUGCCGCAUCAUGACGGGUCGUCCCGCAAAGUCAAGGAGCCGCAGCGGAACAUCCCGCUGCGCAUCGCUGAAAUUCACUGAUUCAACGGGAUCCGUCUAUAAUAAGUUUAUUUAAUGAUGUUUCAAAUCCAUAAUUGUAGUCAAUGUGAUAAUAUGGCUCCUAUGUGCAGUUACCCGCUUCAGAUGUUUAAUUCUGCAUAGUUUAAAAAAUAAAAAAUUACUUUGCCAAUAUUUGCCUGUAAAUCUUAAAGCUGAUGGCUCUACUGAUUCUUCUGUUCUCGCUUUGUUAUGCGCCCUACCAUAUUGUCAAAAACCUCAGCCUGUAUUCCAGAGUUCUGCGUAAGCAGAGAACAUGCCCCAAAUGGGAUUCUGGAGUCUUUAUUGCGCGUUAGGCAAGCCGUGGUCUUGUGAGCCUGCACAAUGCUCUUAACCCGCUGGUUUACCUGUGUCUAUAUGAGGAAAUGGUUUCUCAGUUCAAGCAGCAGCUGCUGAGAUGUCACCAGAUUGUCAGUCUUCGGUUCAGUAUGAAAUCCAGCUCAAAGGCUGAACAAGAAGCUGGAAGUGCUUUAUGACAGCAGUUCGUUUUUUGUUAUAACUGGAACUGAUCAGUUCCAGGCAAAUAGUGGGAAGGAAGGGGGAUGGUAUGCAAGCGGAGGGGGAUGCUUGAGCCCCUGCUCCCUUUAUUUUUGGUAUCCCCAGCACCCUUUCUUUAGUUUUUUUAUGAUAGAGGUCUGCUUGUGCAUUCAACAAUAGUAUUUAGGUAACAAUACCGCACAAAUAAAUUAGUCUGGCUGCCCUUGGACUAAUAAUGACUGACCCGGUUCUCGGUGCCUGUGCCUCCAUGUCAUUAGGACACCGCGCCCAUGGUAAGGAGUAGGAGGGCGGAACUGUGGCCUCUAACUACCAAAUUGUGGGCAAGAAUAUUUCUUUUCAGCAGACACUUAUUUUUGAAUAAAAACUUAGGUUUAAAGGUGAAGUUAGAAUAAGCGUUACUAUUUAUUUUUAUAAAUUUUCUCGGGAAAAACCCUCGUCACCCACAAACACAGAGAUGGUUCAGCUGCAGAGUUCACCUGAUCAAAUUAAUCAGGCUAAUUAAUUAAUAAGCCUGAUCAAUUUGAUCAAGCUGCUCCAGUGCUGUCCCAUCUAGACACACAAGAAACACAGAAACUGUGCAAAAGACAUUUUGCUUUAAAGCUGAGAAGUCAUUUACAAUAUUUACAGAAUGCUACAUAUUUCAUAUUGUCACAUUUUAAUAUCAGAUCACCCAGGUCUUCUGAUUCAAGUCUACUCUGCAUCCCCAGAACCAAAACAUAGAGAACCAACUUCAGUAUUCCAGUAAACUCCAGAAGUUCCAAAACACAGUUCUUUUAAAACAGACUAAAAACCCACUUUGUUUAAUAACAACUGAAACACUCCAGCGUUUCUCCCAGAAAACCUGGUUAGCUCAGUGGUUGCGGCGGUAAGGCGGCCCACUGUGUUUUUGUAUUACAGGAUACUGAGUUGACAGCCAAUUAAUUACAUAUUACAGGAAAACAUCACCGUUGAAAGGCUAUUUAAACCGACAACAAUAGUCUUUCAAAUAAAAUAAAAAAAUAAAGAAAAUGCUGUUCAAAUAAAUAUCCAUUAUUUGCAAUUUUGUGUAAUCCAAAUUAAGUCAACAGCUCCAGAAGCCACAUCAGGCUUUCAGAGUGCUGUGAGUUCAAUCUUUGAGUUCGAGCUCUGUUGUUCACAAAUACAUCUCAGUAACUACAGUUGUCACUGAUUGCUUUUUAGAUUGGCCAAUUAAAUUAUGCCCAUUUCCCAUAACUUACUAACUGGAGGGUCAGAUUUUAGCUUUAUCCCUUUCAUUAAACUAUGUCAAUCAACAAACUAUUUAACUAGAGUUUCAAAAUUCAACUUUAGAUGAGAAGGACCAAAUGAAAGAAGAGAAGAGAAUCGACCAAAAAUGCUGGUUUUAUUGGAGCUCCUAACUCAAACUGUUAUAUGAUCAGUGUCCAAACAUUUCAUCAAAUACAUCAGAAUGUUUCUUCAAAGACUUAAACGUGCUUCAUUGUCAAUUUAAACCUUGAUUUAUUAUUAUUUUCCAAUUUGGUUUGAUUUCACGUUAGCUCCUGCUAAAAGUGUCAGAUCCUGCUAAUGUUGUUUGCUAUAGCUACUGUAGUAGCUCACAGGAAUGUGAUCUACAUGGUGGAUAGCUGGACACGCCUGUUUGUUUGAACAGAUAUGUUGUGAAAAACGGCACACAAAAAUUAUGAAGCAGUUUAUUUCAAUUCAGACAUUUUGAGAGCUGCCUCAUCAGCCUCCAUAACCUUAUCUACAUUUUAUUUCAUUUUUACCUCUCUUUGUGAAACAUUGUGAGACUGAGACCCUAUUGGUCAAUUAUUCUUAGCAUGUAUUUUAGUUUUAUUGUCAGUUUCACUGCAGACAUGCAUUAGGUGAACUAUGUAAAUUAUUAGGUAUUCCUUUUGGUUUAUUUAUCAGCUAUAUCUGACAAGAAUGUUUACAAAAAAGACUUGUAGGUUGUGCUAUAAAAAGAUAUCUUCACUUCUUGACAGGAAGAGCCCUGCGGAAAUAGACUUAUGAUCGUUUUUAUUUGAGCUGAUGAAACUUGAACCUGAACUUGAGCUCAAAGAGGAAGAUAUUUAAGUUGUUUUCGUCGACUCCAUCUUCAUUUUGUGAGCAGAGCCUCAGAGGAGAAGGGCUGGACUGAUUUGGAUCUAGAAGACAAAAUGAAUACAUCCAACUGCAUUCAACCCAAUAAGAAAUUAUUUGAACAUACGAUCCUGUCUGCUUUCUACAUCUUGGUAUUUGUUGUUGGAUUGGUUCUGAAUGUAUGGGGAAUGAAGUCUUUGCUGCACAACUGGAAGAAGCUUUGGAGUAUUAAUAUUCUUGUUCUCAACCUUGGACUAGCAGAUAUUUUGUAUUUGCUGACUCUCCCCUUUCUCAUUGUGUACCACCUUAAAGGAAACAAAUGGAUCUUUGGAGAUGGAUUCUGCAAGGUAAUAAGAUUCUGCUUCAACCUGAAUUUAUAUGGCAGCAUCGGGUUCCUCACCUGUAUAAGUGUGUUCCGGUACCUGGCCGUCGUCCAUCCAACAAGAGCGAUGGGGAGAUUAACUCCGACUCACUCCAUGGUCAUCUCAACCGUGAUUUGGAUUCUGGUGGGUGUUCAAAGUCUUCCAGACAUGUUCUACCCCAAAACAUAUCCAAACGGAUCAAAAUGCUUUGACACCACCUCUUAUGAACAUAUGGAGAGUUACCUGGAUUACACCAUCGCAUGGACAGUCAUUGGAUUCGGCAUCCCUUUAGUCACCAUUGUAGGCUGUUAUGGACAUGUGACUGUUGUUGUCUGCCGUUCAAACAUGAUGAAAAAAGACCAGAAAAGACGAAUCUUAAAACUGAUGGCUCUACUGAUUCUUCUGUUCUCGCUUUGUUAUGCACCCUACCAUGUUUUCAAAAACCUCAGCCUGUAUUCCAGAGUUCUGAUUAAUCAGGGAACAUGCCCCAAAUGGGAUUCUGGAGUCUUUAUUGCGCGUCAGGCAAGCCGUGGCCUUGUGAGCCUGCACAAUGCUCUUAACCCGCUGGUUUACCUGUGUCUAUAUGAGGAAAUGGUUUCUCAGAUCAGGCAGCUGCUGACCGGGGGGCGCCAGAUUUUCAGUCGUUGUUUCAAGUCGAAAUCCAGCUCCGUGCCGGUACCGCAGACUGAGCAAGAAGUUGGAAGUGAUUUAUGACAGCAAGCAGUUUUUGUCAUGAGUUAAAUUGUAACAAAUAAUGUUAUGUCAAAAUGGUGAAAUCCAGUUCAAUAUGCAAUUUCUUUUUAACCCAUUUAUUGUCACAAGUAUAACGUUUUUGAAAACAUGUUUGACUCGCUGUAGUUCAGAAAAUAAAAUACUUUUUCUGGUUUAUAGUUCAUUGAAAGGCUUUUCAAUCAAAAAAAAGGAAGUUCUUUCAACCUUCCACAACAUUUAUUUCUGACGAAGUGUAUUUUUGUUUUUGUAUGUGCAUUGCAUACUUCCUGUUUUAUAACGUUCAUAGUAAAUUCUUCCAGGAAACCAUGUUGGUUAGUUUAAGACAUGCUUAAUAAUAGUAUCAACCAUGUCUUUCGUGAUCUACAAUGUUAAAAAGCAACCUAAGCCCUGCACACAAAAUUGGUUUUGCAUAGACUAUGCUGAAUGUCAUAGAAAUUUAAAUUGAAGUCUAAAUGAGAUGUUAAAAAAAUUUCUUGUAUCAUAAAAGAAUGUAUUGGGUUGUUUUAUGUUGUUUUUUUUGUCAUAAACAUUACAUAACAUGGACUAUUUUUUUGUCUGGAACAUAUUUGUUUUAUGUGCGAACAUUUACUUCUGCUACAAUUGCAUGUAUAGCAGCAAAACUCACUUUUUAAUUUUUCUUUUUUACAUUUUAACCUUAUAUUUUUAAUAUCACCGUUGUAUUGAAGAAAACAAUUGUUAAGCAUGGUUGUGGUAGCAUCAUAGAGAGAUUAUUGUUGCUGCUGGUACAUUGGACCCUCUCAGAACGAAAGGAAAUCUACAACAAAUUCAAGUGUUUGUAGUUAAAAUAUUAGUUAAAACAAAAGUUUUACUGUGCAUAACCUGUUCAUCAUGAAAAGGCUUCAAAUCAAUCUUUGAAUGAUUAUGUUUAUAAUGACUAUGUGUACAUUUCAGGUCUUUGUCCUACAUUAUUUAUACUUG